UGCCAACCAGCGUACUCGGUGCAAAACCGCAAAAUAACUUUAUGGAACAAACAGAUUUGCGCUGGCGGUGUUCCGGGCAAAGACUCUUGCAAGGGCGACUCCGGUGGGCCAUUGAUGUACGAGAACGGUAGACAAUAUGAAGUCGUCGGUGUGGUCAGUUUUGGCCCAACGCCGUGCGGUCUUCCCGACAUUCCGGGCGUUUACACCAAAGUCUACGAAUACCUCGACUGGAUCAGGAGCACGGUCAAAUCAUAGCUUUAAUUUCGAACGUGAAGUGCCUAUGAGUGAUCACGAUUGGCAACCUCUUAAGCCAUAUCAAUGUUUACUGGCAAUAUUAAUAACAUGAUGACAGUUGGGUUUAAGUCGCCCGUAUGUCUGUUAGCCUAAAUUAAUAAAACUAAUAAUGGAUAGCUUAAAUUGAAUUGAUGUUAUCGUGUUAAAUUGAAUAAAAAUAAGAGAAAAUGAGUAGCGUAUAAAUUAAAGCAGAGAAUUAUUGGUUAUUUUUUUUUCUAGACUAGUUUCGAUGAAAGUCUACGGGAUUUUAUUAAUUAAAAUUUACUCCUAUAUUCGACAGUCGUAUAUUACAAUCGUUGCAUUAUUCUCUUGCACAUGAGACGAUCCUGCGAAACUAAUUGUGAUUUGUGCUUGAAAUCAACCGUAAUUAGAUUUUGUUUUCAUAAGGUCUAACAUUUUUUUGAUUAAGAAGAUGAAGGACAUAUUUUCAAUGUAGCCUUAAUUAAAUUUGCGGUCCAGUCAAAAUUUCGAAGUGGUUAAAGUACUUAGUAGUGAGGUAGUGCAGCAUACGCUACAAAAAAUGUACUGUAACUUCAGACGACUGACAAAAUUCAAAAGUACUGUUGGAAAUAUCAAAAAGUUCAUCAUUACUAUAUUUGAAUCUGGAGGAAGAAUAUGUGAAAUCUGGUCGAAUUGAAGAACAAUAAUUAUUGUUAAGCGCUACUAAAACUCUAUUAAAUAAUUUAAAAUGUAUCAUUGACAUGUCAUAACGAUCUCAUUCUCUGGAUUCGAACUAUUCUGUUGGUGUUUAUUUUAAGAACUACCUUUGUAUUUUGAUAAUUAAAACAAUUUACGUUUUC